AUGCAAAAAUUAUCUUCAGAUUUAGAAACAGUAGCGAACUUGAAUGAAUACACGAUAGUAGAACCAUCAGCAGAGAUACAUGACAACUCAACUAUAAACAUAUCCGAUGAACAAAUUAUAGUGAAAUUGGCCGCUAAAGGUCCACAUGCUCAUAAAGGCGACAAAGAUACGGCAGGAAAGAAAGCCGAUGUCAACAUAAAUAUAAAAGUAAAUACGAACAGCCCCAUCCAUUCAAAUAGCAGCUGGCAACACAUCGACAGAACGGUUUUAUACAUGGGAGAAAAGCGGAUCCUUAAUAAAAUUGAUAGCGAAAGCAACGAUACAACAUUGGAUAUGGUGCAGAAGGCGGGAGAAGUAAACAAAUCAGGAGACUACCAGCCGGGCCAAAAAUCAUCGAGAAGAGCUGAGAGUGGUCGAAGUGGUCAAGAAGACAUUGUAACGAGAUUUUUGCGGAUCGUGGAAUCCCAGCAUUUGAUGGGGGAAAACUGUACGGCUGGAACCGAUCUAAAUUUGGGAGUCGGUGUUGUGGACCGUUACGCUCAAGAGCAGUUUCGCGUGGAAGCAGAUAUAUGUGUUAAUAGAGCCAAUAUGUUGACUAGAAUCUGGAAAUACGCGGACUCUGAGGCGCUCAAAUCGACAGACUUGCUGUAUUCCAUGGUAUACUCCUUAGUCGAAUUCAAUGAUGUUAUUUUUGCCGCUGGCAAUUGCUACGCCGAGCAUCAGUUCAAGGACCAUUUACUUUUUUGUGCCUAUGCUUAUCGACUACCCGAAGGCAAUAUCCUAGUGAAGGACCUCUCUGUCGAAUACGAUUAUUUGGGAAAUACGUCUGAAUGGUUCUACAUUGCCAGAAAAAAUGCGGAGAAAGUCAUCGAGAAACACGACCAAUUCACCCACGUACAUAUAAUUUUAAUACCAAUUUUGUGCCCUUGCGAAGAAGCUUAUAACUACAUAAAUUUAUUUUCCAAAACUCUGAAACACGUCGAGAAAUGUUUUUGGAAAGACACUCUGUGA